UUUUGUAUUGUAUACUAUUAUAUAAUACUUCAGGAUAACUUAAUGUUGUGCAACACACGACGACAAUGAAGCGUUUAUAAUAUUGAAAGCUAAGUUAUUCUGCAACGUAUUAUUUGGGUUCGGUUUAUUUUUGUCGAUGCCAGUGACCGUUGUGGAAAUUAAAAAUAUAUUAACCGUGUGUGCAGUGCUUAUAAAACGCGUUUUUACGCAUUCUAACAUAUGAGACAUAUAAUUAUGUAAUAUAGUGCUGUUUAUUAUACCCACAUUACUAUCAUUGGACGGUGUGCCAUGCGAAAGAAUUUCAUCGAAAUCUCCAACGUCAAGGUCACACUUUGAGUUUAAAGGUCAAAUAUGGCCAUAAAUGAGCUUGACCGGGCUAUAACUAUGUCAUUCAUUGUGAUAUUUUAAAAUGACUAUAAAUUUUUUUCACAGUCAUUGGACGGUGUGUCGUGCGAAAGGAUUCAAGAGUUCAAAGGUCAAAAUGGCCAUUAUGGCAUAAAAAUUCUUACAAAUCGCCAUAAAUUAGCUUCUCUAGUUUUGUGAAGACAGCAUGCAAAAUAUUCUGUGUCAAUGCAGCGUGUGGGGUAUACGUCACGUCUAUGACAAAGCUCAAGUUAAACCCAGUCGUAAAUCGCAAACGCUGCUUCAUACAAUGGAAAUCGCAGUUCCUGUGUUGACAUAUAUUUCAUGUGACAAUUGGCAUUCCGUUGUUUGUGGGGUAAAUACCGUUUGGAUCAACACCGUGUUGGCACCGUUACCCAUGAACUGUCAGGACUGUUAAUUAAUGUCUUCACAGGGAACAAUGAAGGAUGUACUGAUGAACGGAGACAAGGGUAGUGAGAAUGGCGUCCGCAUCACUCCCAGUGAGGGACGCACGUGGCUCGAGAAGUUGUUGUUGCUUCUGCUGCUGAUGCUGCUGGUGGCUGUGAUUGUGUUAGUUGUCCUUCUCGCGCAGUUUACGACAUCAUCAGGAAACGCCAUGUGCUUGACGAAAGAGUGUACGUCAGUAGCUGCCCGUGUGAUAAACUCCAUGGACUAUAGCGUUGACCCGUGCGCUGACUUCUAUGAGUUCUCGUGCGGCACGUGGAUGAAGAAGCACGUGGUUCCCAGCGACCGACCAAACCUCUUCACGUAUGGCGUCGUGCGUGAUGACGUCAGCAAUACGCUGAAAUAUCUGCUCGAGCACACCAAAGACUCGCACGUCGCAGCUGUACGCAAGGCCAGGGACUACUACCAGUCGUGCAUGAACGAAUCAUAUAUUGAGAAACUGAACGCUACGGAGCUGACGUCCCUUCUAGACGAUCAUCUCAGCGGCUGGCCGACACUGGCGGGACAUCCCGGGGGCACAUGGGACGAGACGGGUUUCAACCUUGAGGACGAACUGGUUCAUUUCCGGACCCAUGGGGUUGUUUCUUUGGUGCGAAUAUACGUCGGUCUAGACGAGAAAGAUACACGAAAAAGAAUUAUAACAAUUGACGAGCCGUAUUUGAAUCUCGUCAGCAGAAACUUCUUUUUCGACGAUGCGCACGCACAUCUGCGCGAGGCACUGCUGAAGUACAUGGUUGAUUUGGCGGUCUUGUUAGGAGCAGAUAGGAGUGUGGCACAGAGAGACAUGGAGGCUGUGAUGGCGCUAGAUACAGACCUGGCUAACGUGUCGCUGUCUAAAGAGGAGAGUCGAGCGCGCAGCUCCCGAUACAACCGCAUGACCAUUGCUGAGCUGAGACAGAGAUUCCCUACGGACGGACUGAUGGACUGGGGCCGCCUCAUACAGAGGUUCCUAGAUUCGGCCACUGACAACAUCACAGUGACGGACGAGGAGCCGGUGAUCAUGGAGACGCCAAAGUUCUAUAGCAACGUGUUUAGAAUCCUCCAGCAGCAUGGCAACAGAACGGUGAAGAACUACAUGGCGUGGGCGUACGUGUCCAACCUCGUGAUCCGUCUGCCACAGCGCUUCAUCGAGAAGAACGCCGCUUACAGGAAGGUGCAAUACGGCACCUCGGAGAAGCAGUCCCGCUGGAAAACCUGCUCGCAGUCCGCCCAAUAUGAUUUCGGUAUGGCCGUGGGACGACUGUUUGUGGAGGAAGCUUUCGACGAGGAGGCAAAACAUAAGGCCUUGGAAAUGAUUCAUGAAAUACGAGAGGCGUUCUACGAGCGUCUCAACGAUCUGGACUGGAUGGACGAAGAGACCAAAGCCAGGGCGAAGGAAAAGGCAAAGUACAUCAAAGAAAACAUUGGAUAUCCCGAUUUCAUUCUUGAUGACGAAGAAUUAAAUGAAUAUUACAAAGACUUGGAGAUUGACAAUCUGCAUUACUUCACCAACACCGUCAAUAUCAUGAAGGUAUUAGCCAAGAAAGCCAUGGCCUCCUUGAGAAAACCCAUGGAAACAGACCCGAAAAAGUGGGACGUAGCCCCUGCUGUUGUGAAUGCCUUCUAUUCACCUCUGAAAAACACCAUAACGUUCCCCGCGGGUAUGUUGCAGCCACCCUACUACAGCAAAUAUCAACCAAGGUCUAUGAAUUAUGGGAGCAUGGGGUGGCUUAUCGGUCACGAGAUCACUCAUGCCUUCGAUGACACAGGCCGGAUGUACGACAAGGACGGCAACCUGCGUGACUGGUGGAAACCGGAAGCCGCCCUGAAGUUCCAAAACAUGACGAGCUGUAUCGUGGACCAGUACAACCAGUUCAUAGCGCCCCUGUCGAAGAUACACAUCAAUGGAGAAUUUACUAAAGGGGAAAACAUAGCUGAUAACGGAGGACUGACACAAAGUUAUAAGGCUUACAAAAACUGGCAGAAAAGACAGGGAGAGGUGGAACCUCUUUUACCUGGACUCAAGUUUACCCACGACCAGUUGUUCUUCAUUAAUUUUGCUCAGGGCUGGUGUGGUGUUACUACAGUAGAACGAGAAAAGGAUGAAAUACACACCGAUGCUCACUGUCCAGGCCGCUUUAGAGUGAUCGGGUCUCUGCAGAACUCCUACGACUUCUCCCGCGCCUUCAACUGCCCGCUUGGUAGCUACAUGAACCCACGCAACAAGUGCCGUGUCUGGUGACGGGGUUCAGAACAAUGUAGUGACCGGAUUAAGGACCUUGUGGAGACGUUACUUUGCAUACCUAUGCAUAGGUAUUUCUUGAGUGGCCCAAAAGGUGAUUGUGCGACCACCAUAACAAAGGACAAUUUAUGUUGGGAUAUACACUAUAGUGUUCAAAUUCUGAUUAUAAUAAGUAAGUUUAAUGGUAACUGAUUAAUGACGAACAAGAUGACCCUGAGGAUUAUUAAACACUCAGCUUAGUCUUGCUCAAUUCUAUAAUACUCUAAGACCCCUUGUUCAGGCCACUUUUGACUAAAGGGUCAUUAAUUGAACAAACAUGGUACACCACUGUAACAUUGUAACUACCAAAUAUAUACCCCUGGACGUGUCAUUUGAGAUUUCUUUCAAUUCUUUUGCUAUAUAAGUUUAUAUAAAUCAUGAACUUCUUCAGACGUGGCCAGUUUCAUACACAGAGGCAUGAUUAGAAAACACUUUGUAGAGGACACUAUUUGAUGUUACAAAUUAAAUAUCAAAUCUUUAAGCUUACUUUUAAGUGUCAAUGAUUAUUUUUUAGGUCCUGUUAUUGACAGUGAUUUCUAUUCAAUGCCUUUACUUUGCAGCUGCUGUUAUGUUGUUUUAUUAAAAUAUUUGUUUUAUAUUUUUUCUUGUAAUUGUGUUUUUGUUUUUAACUAAAUUGUUGUUUUUAGUUAAACUUGCGUUUAUUUGUGCAAGCAAAAAAAUAUUUCAGUCCAAUUCUGAUAGUGUGAACAUGUUGUUGAUGUUUGAAUUGUAAAUUAUGAAAGGGGUCAGAUUAGAGAAUUCGAUGAAAGUCUGUUAAGGCAUUAAAUUGCUAAAUUGUAACAUCUCAAUUGCACAGCUCCAUUAUAAAGAAGUUUGUUCCAAUGGAGCUAAAAGUAGUGUUCACUUAAUUAACAAGAGGGCCAAGAUGGCCCUAGUUCGCUCACCUGAGAGGAGUCGGUUCAUUCAAUCUUUACCAAAUGUCAAACUUGACCUAGAUAUUGUCCAGACAAACAUCCUGGUCAAGUUUCAUCAUUAUUUCAUCUGCAAGUCAUGAUCAUUAUACCUAUGAAGUUUCCUGAUCCUAGGCAUAAGCAUUCUUGAGAUAUCAUCCAGAAACCAUUUUUCUAAGUUGAGUCACCGUGACCUUGACAGCCAUUGUUUGAAUACGUUAUUUGGCACUGUGACCUUGACCUUUGACCAAGUGACCUGAUAAUCAAUAGGGGUCAUCUGCGAGCCAUGAUCAAUAUACAAAUGCAGUUUCAUGAACCUAGGCAUAAGCGUUCUUGAGUUAUCAUCCAGAAACCAUUUUACUAUUUCAGGUCACCGUGACCUUGACCUUUGACCUAGUGACCUGAAAAUCAAUAGGGGUCAUCUGCGAGUCAUGAUCAUAGUACCUAUGAAGUUUCAUGAUCCUAGUAUAAGCGUUCUUGAGUGAUCAUCCAGAAACCAUUUUACUAUUUCAGGUCACCGUGACCUUGACCUUUGACCCAGUGACCUGAAAAUCAAUAGGGGUAAUCUUUAAGUCAUGAUCAAUGUACUUAUGAAGUUUCAUGAUCCUAGGCGUAAGCGUUCUUUAGUUAUCAUCUGGAAACCAUUUUUCUAUUUCGGGUCACCAUGACCUUGACCUUUGACCUAGUGACCUGAAAAUCAAUAGGGGUCAUCUACGAGUCAUGAUCAAUGUACCUAUGAAGUUUCAUGAUCCUAGGCCUAAGCGUGUUUGAGUUAUCAUGCGGAAACGAUUUUACUAUUUUGGGUCAUCGUGACCUUGACAUUUGACCUAGUGACCUGAAAAUCAAUAGGGUCAUCUACGAGUUAUGAUCAAUGUACCUAUGAAGUUUCAUGAUCCUAGGCCUAAGCGUUCUUGAGUUAUCAUCCGGAAACCAUUUUACUAUUUCGGGUAAUCGUGACCUUGACCUUUGACCUAGUGACCUGAAAAUCGAUAGGGGUUAUCUGCGAGUCAUGAUCAAUGUACUUAUGAAGUUUCAUGAUCCUAGGCAUAAGCAUUCUUGAGUUAUCAUCCGGAAACCAUUUUACUGCUUUGGGUCACCGUGACCUUGACCUUUGACCUAGUGACCUGAAAAUCAAUAGGGGUUAUCUGCGAGUCAUGAUCACUGUAUCUAUGAAGUUUCAUGAUCCUAGGCAUCAGUGUUCUUGAGUUAUCAUCCGGAAACCAUUUUACUAUUUCGGGUCAUCGUGACCUUGAACUUUGACCUAGUGACCUAAAAAUCAAUAGGAGUCAUCUGUGAGUCAUGAUCAAUGUACCUAUGAAGUUUAAUGAUCCUUGGCAUAAGCGCUCUUGAGUUAUCAUUUGGAAACCAUCUGGUAAACGGACGGACCGACAUGAGCAAAACAAUAUACCCCCUCUUCUUCGAAAGGGGGGGGGGGGGGCAUAAUGAGAAAACUGCCCCCUCCCAGCAGCCAUGUUAUUCAACUGACCGGAACCAUUUUUUAACUCAACUCUCGUAUCAAAGAAACAAAUAUUCUGAGCAAAUUUCAUGAAAAUUGGGCCAAAAAUGUGACUUCUACUGUGUUCACAUGUUUUCACUGUAUACAUAUAGAGAAUCAAAGCGCUGAAGGCACUGAAGAUGUUCGCUAUUGCAUAAUUUAACACGCAAUUCAUUUUUCAAUCGCAAGUUUGAAAUGAACACACGCCAUUCAACUUUAUAAAGUGUGUGUCUUGGCGCACGGGUUGAGUUUUGUGUGCACUUUUUAUCAUCCUUAAAAUUUCAUAGAAAUAACUUAGACAAAAUAAAAACAACAUGCUUUUUGGACGUUCUGAAAGCAUAGAAAGUAUGAUGAAAAUGGUAAUGAGAACUUAAUAUAAAGAAAAUUUGCAGUCACCAUCAUAUUAAAGGAAUAUUUUUUCUAAUAUCAAAGAACUAUCUCACCAAGAAUAUAAAUUCAUAAUGAAAGUUCCGUGUACAAAACUUUUGAUUUUUGACACCAUAUAAAUAUACAAUAAUCUUCGUAACUUGUAUAUGGAGGAAUAAAAGUAUAAAAACA